AUGGCUUCGACCGGAGUGAACGUUUUGCGGUGGUCCGCCCUUGGCCUAGGUAUCUUUUACGGUUUCACCCACCAGCGAGCGAUUACUGCCUCGCAAAAGGCCGAGCAUGCGCAGCACGAGUACGAGAAGAAGGAGAAGCUUAUCCAGCAGGCCAAGGCUGAGUUUGCUAAGAAGAACAACCCAACAUCUGGCGACUCUGUUAUCACCGACCCCUCAGACCCCAAGUUUGAUCUCGAGAAGCUGCUGUUGAAGGUGCAGAAGGAGAACCCUUAA